AGGCGAAAGUCCCAUCUCCUCUGAGCUUCCUCGCUUCUCAGUUCUCACAGGGAGAGAGCACGAGGCCACGAGCUCUCGCAGCUCCCUAGCCCACCACUCCGCCAUCGCCAGCUACCUCCCAACCACGCCUGUCCCGCUCGCAGCCAUGGAUUCCUCCUCCUGCGACGCCGCCGCGGCGCCUUUCACCCUCCUGGGCGCGCUCCUCGCCGCGGGCCCGGCCGCCUGGCCGGCUUGCGUCGGCGGCGGCCGCGCCUUCCUCCGCGACUACGCCGAGCGCGGCACCAACGCGCUGCUCUGGGUGGGACUCCUCGCCGCCACCUGGCUCCUGCUCCUCCGCCUCGCCGCGCUCCUCCGCCUCUGGGCCCUGGGGUCCCGCAUCCCCGGGCCCCACGCGCUCCUCGCCGACCCCGGCCUCGCCGCCGUCUUACGCGCCGGCGGAGACAUCACCGGCUAUCUAUCAAAAUUACAUGGCAGCUAUGGCCCAGUUGUUCGACUGUGGCUAGGACCCUCUGAACUACUUGUAUCAGUUAACGAUCCUACUCUAAUUAAAGAGGCGCUAACAAAGGCUGAAGAUAAGUUACCAUUGACUGGGAGGACAUAUAAUUUAGCUUGCGGAAGACUUGGUCUAUUCGUUUCCUCAUUCGAGAAGGUCAAAAAUAGGAGAGAAUCUCUGAAAGUAUUCUUGAAUGAAAAACUUACUGUUGGUGCCGGUCGAAGUUCUUUCAAGAUUAUUGAUGCUGCCCUUGAUAGAAUCGACUCUAUUAUGUCUAAGGAUUUUCUAGACGGUAAAUCUUUCUCCCAGCAUGUGGCAUUUAACAUCAUUGGUGCAACUCUUUUUGGUGAUGCCUUCUUCAAUUGGUCUGACGCCGCUGUUUAUGAGGAUCUUCUUAUGAUGGUUGCAAAGGAUGGUUGCUUCUGGGCUUCUUAUGCAGUUCCGCCUUUUUGGAAAACUGGUUAUAGGAGGUACCGGGACAUUUGUGCUAAGCUGAAGAUUUUAACACAGGGCAUCAUCAGAAAUUCCAGAAACCAAAAUAAUACACUUUGCCAUGUUGAUCAGAGAUCUUGUCAGAAGAAUGAAGGGAUGGUAAAAGAUCCAAAUAGAGUUGUUUUAGAUGGCAUGAUGUCAGGUCGUUGUCUCGAUGGGACUGCUGAAGGGCCACUUAGUUCAGAAGAGGAAAUAUGUGGAAACGUCAUGGGUUUGAUGUUGCAUGGUAUUUCCACUACUGCUAACCUGAUUGGUAACAUUUUGGCAAGGAUUGCCUUGUGCCCAAAGUUGCAAGAUCAGCUACAUGCAGAGGUUGUUGCAGUUUGCAAUGAAUCGUCUGAGCUGGAGGUUGAUGACAUCCUUAAGAUGCAAUUCCUUCUUGCUACUGUAUGUGAAUCUGCUCGCCUUUUGCCUGCUGGACCUCUUCUGCAGCGAUGUUCUUUGAAACACAAUUUGACUCUUGAAGCCAGCAUCACUGUACCAGCUGGAGCGAUAUUGGUUGUUCCUUUGCAUCUCGUGCAAAUGGAUGUUUCUAUGUGGGGCAACGAUGCUUACCAGUUCAAUCCUCGUCGCUUCCUCAAAAAGGGCAUUGAUCUUGGAGAAAUACUAGCAGCACCUAAAGGCUCAAACGGAAUAAAUCUUUUCUCUGAGUGUGCUAAGACAGAAUCAUUUCUUUCAUUUGGUUCCGGGAGUCGAGCAUGUGUUGGCCAGAAGUUUGUGAUUUUUGCGAUAUCAAUGUUGAUUGCCAAUUUGCUCCGCAACUAUGAGGUACUGCCUCAUGCAGGCUUGCCCAAAGAAACGGACUCAGCAGUUGAUAGCAGCCACCUUCACCAUCUUCCAAACCCUAAGAUCAUUCUCACAAAAAGACGGAUCUAAAAGAGUUUGGCGAGUUGAAAUUUGACACAUUUACUUUUACUAUGUUUUUUUUUUACUGGUGUUAUACCAGGAUAUGAUCUUUAGUUUCCUACCGUCGUUAGACCACGCUGAAGUUUGGAAAGGUGAUACUUUGCGAUGUGGAAGAAUUUCUUUUUUCCUCCAGAUUUUUGACAGACCUGGUGAGCUUCGCAGGAUCUAGUUUCUGUUAGCGUUUUGGAGCAUCCGUGGGUUGUUAGAUCACAGGAGGUGUAAGCUGAUGUGCAUAAACAGAUUAUAGUUUUAAGUUGGGGUUUUAUCUUCCCUCCGGGGGGAAUGUAAUGUCCAAAUGUAUCUUGUUGUCUUAUAUGCUGUAUCAAUCAUACACACAUGGUCGUGCUAUUACUUGCACCAAACUUGGUAAGUUUGAUGGGAAUAAUACCAUGUUUGUCUUU